GGCACGCGACCGUUCCAGAGGCUACGCGACCACAGGGUAUUCCCCAAUGAGGCAAUUUGUGCGAGUCUCACUUAGGUUAACGUACCGUUUUUCACCAGCUUAUUUCCUCGGGGACACAGCAACGGGUGGAUGUGAAAAUUGCUAUACUUCGUGGUUUUGAUGCAUUGAAGCGAGCAGGAAGAGUUAUGGAGGGGAAGCAGGUUAAACCAGCACUGCCAUCAGCACCGCCACCAGCACCGCCACCAGCACCGCCACCGAGGGAUCCUAAAAUACCACUUACAUUCGAUGAAAUGUGGUUUAAUGCAGACGAUGAUAUUGAGGAUGAAGACGUAAGGAAUCGUGCCAAAGAGCUGAAGGCACAUAUUAUGAAAAUGGCUGUAUACAUUCGGCAGUACCUUGAGGACAUUCUGAUGGUAGCAGUAAUCUUGCAAGCUCUGCAGCACUUGAUCGUUGAAAGGCCACUCGAUCCGUUUCGAUGGUUAGCUAAAUUUAUCAGAGAGGAAGGACCUCUCAUUGCAGACGAAAUUGAGCGUUGUAGAAAAAUAGCUGCUGCUAGGCAGACCGCACAUGAUAAGGCCAAGUCUGAUGCCGAGGAGGCCGAUAGGCUUGCAUGCGUAGCGGCAGAAGCCACAGCGAAAGCCUUACGUGACCUGGAGGAUGCAAAAUUAGCAGCUGCUGCUCGGGCCGCUGCUGAAGAAGGUGAAAAAGCCAGAAUGUUGAAAUCACAACAAGCAUCUAAGGUAGCUGCAGUAGCCACAGAUCCCGUGGAGACACCCAUUUCUAAAGUCGGCAAGAAGAAAGAGUUAACAAAACCUGCAAAACCGGUCAUGAAGCCUGAGUGGCAAAAAUAAUGUUGUGUAAAUAUUGGUACGAGUAUAACUGCCAUGAAGGCAGUUGUUACGGUCGCUGUGGCACGAGUGUGAGGCUUUAGUCGUCGUGCAGCUAACGCAAUCGAAGCAUCAGACCUAUUAUUCUCCAAGAGACGACUCUUACUCUGGCAAAUAUUUUACAUCACAACCAACCCAUCCUCCAGAUGAAAGAAAGACCUCAAAAGAUGAAGCAGUAUAGAAAAUGCUGGGCUAAUCCUUAAAUAGCCAUUCAGGGGAGACACGAGCUUUCAGGCAAGUAUCAAAAUGAUGGUCUUCAGAGUUUUUCUAAUCACUAAGCAGGAAAAAUGCAAGACGCUCUAAGGGCUACGAUUGUCAUGAUGAACGAUGCUAAGAUAUAUUUUCGUAUGUACCACACCAUCAAUUAAUCAACAUUUGCCACAAAAAUGUUUUUACGAA